AGUCUGAUGUUCAUUGUAGCAGAAUUGCAGUGCACUGGACUGUACAGAACAGUGUAGCAUACACUGUCUAUGAGGGGUGGGGUUCAGCUACACUCAAAUCACAAACACAGGCAGAUAGAGGGUGAGAGAGCGAGAGGGAGAGAAGAGGAGGGAGAGAAAGCACCUGAAGAGGAAUACAACAAGGGAUGAAAGGAGACACCCCAGUGAACAGCACCAUGAGUGUCGGCCAAGCCAGGAAGCUGGUGGAGCAAUUGAAGAUUGAAGCCAGUUUUUGCAGGAUCAAGGUAUCAAAGGCGGCUGCAGACCUGAUGGCAUACUGUGAUGCCCACGCCAUUGAGGACCCCCUCAUCACCCCUGUGCCCACCUCGGAGAACCCAUUCAGGGAGAAGAAGUUCUUCUGUGCACUCCUUUGAGACAAACCACAGGAUGGUUGUGAAUUACACUGUCCAGAUAGAACAUAAUGUAAACUGAG